AUGGCAUCCUCCCUAUCACUCCUCAUACCGGUGACUCGUACCAAAAUUCGACCACAAAUUGAAUCCCCUUUCAUAAUAUGGUUUGAUCAAGAAGGCUUCAGGGAGAUUGCUCCGGUCUUCACAUUCAGCUACUAUAACCGCGAGGAUGACUUGCUCUACUUCACCACCGAACAAGUCGGCUACCCUUUCCACUAUGAUUCGAUGCAACAGGUUCCUGUCUUACACAAAGUCGUCGCCCCCGACUACGAAGAAGCUUAUGUACUUCUGGAGGGCAAGUCUCAACGCAAUGCGGCCGGCAGGAGGGACUUUAUCAGCUGA